CUUAUAUAUACACUUAAUUGCUUGUUACCUUUUAUUUAGUUACGGAUCCUCUUACAACUGAAAUAUUAUUUACUUUGAGACUAACAACGAAAAUUAAUUAAAAUGAAGUUUUGUGCGAAUCUUGCAUUUAUGUUUACGGAAAGCUCAAGUAUAUUAGAAAGAUACGCUCUAGCAAAAGAUGCGGGCUUUAGAGCAGUGGAAUCUGGAUUUCCUUUGGGUUACUCUUUGGAGCAAGUUAAACAAGCAAAAGAAAUGGCUGGUAUUGAACAAGUAUUAAUUAAUCUCAAGACAGGAGAUGUAACUAAAGGGGAAUUAGGAGUUACUGCUGUACCAGGCAAAGAAAAUGAAUUCAAAGACAAUUUAAAGUCAACUAUUGACUAUGCAAGAGCUCUUGGUGCCCAAAAAAUUCACAUUAUGGCUGGAAAAUUGGAAAAUGUAUCCUCUGAAAAUUGGACAACCUAUGAAAAUAACUUGAAAUAUGCUGCAAGUGUUUUAAAGAAUGAAAAUAUAUUAGGUGUCAUUGAACCUAUAAAUCAACACUCUGUGCCUAAAUAUUUCUUAAGUGACUUUCAGAAAGCUGUUGAUAUAAUCAAAAGGAUAAACAGUGACAAUCUAAAAUUGCAAUUGGACAUUUUCCACCUGCAACAUAUCUGUGGUGAUCUCUCAUACAAUAUCAAGAACCUAAUGCCAUAUGUGGGUCAUGUGCAGAUAGCUCAAGUCCCAAACCGUAACGAACCAAACACACCAGGAGAAAUCAACUACAAGUACAUACUUGAGCACUUGCAGAGAUGUGGCUACAAUGACUGGAUAGGCCUUGAAUAUAAACCAGCUGGCAACAGUAAAGAGGGACUCAAAUGGGUCAAAGAAUAUGGCUACACAUUGUGAUGUAAAAAAAAUAUGUUGUAAAUAUGUUUAUAUGAAAUACUGGUGAGGAUUCUGUAAAUAAAACAAAUUUCUAGCAGUUGGUUUGUAAUAUUAAAAAACUCAUAAUUAACAUAACCCAUAAAUAACA